AUGAUCUUUGUCACUGAGCUGAGCCGCUUGAAAUCAUUUUAUGGAUCUUUUCGUUUUAAUCGCAUUUCAGAUUGUUUCUUGUUUGAUCAGCGUGGAGAGCGAUAUGUCCUUACGUUCUUCGAGGCUGAGAACAGAAACAUCCUAAUAUUGAUAAAUGGGCACUACAACACUGCUGUGACCGUUACCUAUCAAUCAAACGUCGACUACUACGACCUUGGCGUCACCGGUUCUGUGACCUUCACCCUAAACGACACCGUGUGCUACAGCAGUUUUAACAACGUGCAAGAAAACAAAUCCACGGUGAUUGUCUCCAGCGCUCCCAUCACAGUCUAUGUCUUUAACAGCGGUGUUAACUCAGUCGGAGGGUACUUGGCGAUACCAACUGACAAACUUUCCACGAAGUAUUUUCUGGUUGGUCCCGAUUCUACAUCUGAUGCACCAAUUAAGUGGGCGGUCGUGUCUACGGAAGAUGACAACGCAAUUACAUUCAAUCUGAAGGAUUGCAACAUGUCCACGUGUGUAAAUCACCCCAUGACGUUAACCUUGAACAAAAAUGACGUCUUUGGGGCCAAUUGCCACUAUGACAUAAGCGGAAGUGUUAUCAAAGCUAACAAGUCUAUUGCUGUUUUCACGAACACGCUUUUGUCACAAGAAGAUAUGCUUCUUCCUGUUAAGUAUUAUGGAAGGAAUUUCGUGUUGCAUAACUUUGCGAACUGGCCAAGUGGUAUAACUUAUAAAAUCGUGGCCUCUGAAAAUAAUACAACUGUUAGCGUUAAGCCAGGCAGUGACACAGCGAUGACAGAGGGGGGCGUAGUCACAUUUGAUACACACACCAUGGAUGAAUCGUGUCUUCAAGCCAAUAAACCCGUUCUUGUUCUGGCAUAUCCGACGGGAAGUACACUAAAUGGACAGACGUUCAUGGUCCAAGCACAACCCAUUGAACGUUACGUCAACAUAUUCAGGUUUGACCUUGGUAGUUUCAUGACUACGCAAUUGGAUUUGUACUUGACCUUGACCUUUCACGAGCGCCAUUAUUCCGAGUUACCACCAGCUCUACAAGCUAUGGCGUCAACGAUGACUUGUUGUAAAUACAUGACUGUGACGACGCAUCUCAGUGAGGUUGACCACAACACAGUUGUAUCGUUCCCAGUUGGUGCUGUUGUGUACGGAGCAGACAACGCUGGAGUUGCCAUGCCACUUGGAAUGCAGUUCGGUGCCAACGAGUGUCCAAUGCAUAUGACUUUCAUACCCGAGACGCGCACGUGCAUUUUCUACCCCGAUGUGGGUUCGUUUACCUGGUCAAAUGCACUUGACUUCUGUGGUGAGCUUGGACUUCAACUUCCCCACCUCGACACCUCCGAAAAGAACACGCUCAUAAGAGAGCUGUAUGCAACAGUGCCAAGGUCCUUUUUUAUCGGAGCUAAUGACGUGGAUGCUGACGGAGUGUUAACCUGGCAGGAUGGCGAGGCGGUCAACUACACCAAUUGGGGGUCGGGGUUUGACCCCGAGUCGUCGUUGGUGAAUGCGUGUGUGGUGCUGCAGCGGGCAGAUGACCACAUGUGGGCCGCCAGGCAGUGCGACAUUUCCCGCAGGAUUCUGUGUCAGCUCGUCCUGACCCCCCUCGUCCCGAGUGAAGACUUCGCCUGUACUCGCGACCCGACAGGUGAGGCAUUCAGUGGAAAGCGGUUAACACUAAGAAUCAUCUUUAAGAUCAAGUUCCGAUUGUGGUGCUAA